UUCGCCCACAGCUGAGGUUUCUCAUGUGCAUCAGAGGGGCAGACAGCAAAGGCGGCUGAAGUCCUGAAAGUGCCAUCAGGAUGAAAGGCUACAUUUUUCUAAUGAUGCAUCUGGCAGUUUCAUCUGCCAUUUCUUUACAGCCGGCUGAACCAGAGGUCGUGGAUUUUGGUGAAGACAAGGACAUCGCUGACAUUAAUAAGGAUUCAAUGAAAGACGACAUCCUGGAGCUAAGCACACAAAGGAGUGCUACCACCAGGAACAUACUGUGGACUUCCCCAGUGCCCUACGACUUGGACAAAGGCCUGGGCAUCAACGCUAAAGGGGUCGUCCUGAAAGCCUUCGAGCAGUUCAGGCUGAAGACGUGCAUCGAUUUCAAGCCAAAGGACUCAGAGGAAUAUUACAUCUCUGUUCAAAAGUUAGGCGGAUGUUUCUCAUACAUCGGUAGAGUCCUGACCGACGGGCAGACGCUUUCCAUCGGGCAAUACUGUGAUGAGAUAUCUACUGUUGAACACGAGUUUCUCCACGCUCUGGGAUUCUACCACGAACAGUCCAGAUACGAUCGAGACGAUCACGUGAGAAUCAUAACAGAGAACAUCUUGGAAGGUUUUGAAGGAAACUUUGAAAAAGUCAGCAGUGAACAAAGCACCACGCAGGGAGUCGACUACGACUAUUCGUCUGUGAUGCACUACGGAAAGAAUGCAUUCACCAACGGCAAUGGAUCCACGAUCGUCACCCUGGACCCAGAGUUCCAGGAUGUGAUCGGGCAGAGGCUCGAAAUGAGCCCAUCUGACGUUCUUGAGUUGAACCUCCUCUACGAAUGCAACUCAACCGUUGCCUUAAACAUGUUCUGUGGCUUUUCUGGGACCAUGUGUGAAAUGAGCCGCUGUUCUCGCGGUGGGAUCGGCUGGGAAAUGGUAACAAAAGCGAGAGGUGGUCCCAGCUCCGACCACACCCUUCUACCUGGCGGAAGUGGCGAUCUCGGUGAGGGGGAGAGUCACUUCAUGCAUGUCAGCACAGAGUCGGGCGAGGACGGCGACUCAGCCUUGCUGGAGACAGAAAGGAUGAGUCCUAAAAGGGACUGCAACGUCCAGUGUCUCCAGUUUUACUACUACCACAGCGGGAACGAGUCGGAUAGUCUCAGCAUCUGGAUGAGAGAGUUUGAAGAUGAGGAGGACGCUGUAGGAACCGCUAAAAUGAUGGCACAGAUCACCGGUUCAACAACGUCUCAGUGGAAGCUCCACCAUGUGCCUCUGACUGCAUCCAAGCACUUCCAGGUGGAGUUUCAGGUCCUCAAAGGAGCAGGAAGUUCUGCAGGCGGCUUCUCAAUCGACGACAUCAACCUGUCCGAGGUCCAGCGUCCGCACGUAACCAUGCAGGUUGAUAACUUUGAAGAGGUGCUGCAAACGAGCGCAUACGGAACCACUGUCUACAGUCCGCGGCAGUACUCCGCAGGGGGCUACGCUUACCGGACCGCCGUGCGGUUCUUCCGGUCAUUUGUCGGACUGUAUGUGCAACUCCUAUCUGGGGACAACGACGACACGCUGGAGUGGCCGUGUCCGUACAGACAGGCCACGUUCAAAAUGCUGGAUCAGAACCCAGAUAUCCAGAUGCAGAUGUCGAAACAGCGGAGCAUCACCAGUGAUCCCGAAGCAACCAGCGCCAGCGGCCUCUAUAUUUGGGACAAUCCUCGUAAGAACGGAACCAAAAUUCUAGAUGAGAACAACGAGGAGGCGUACGCUGGGCCUUUGAUUGGCCUAAACUAUUUUUCUUCUUUGGAGCAAGUGCAAUUCAGAGAGUUCCUCAAAGGAAAAACGGCCAUUUUCACUUUCAGCUUCGAAGAUCUCAAUCCUCUUUUUGAAGAUAACGUACUGCCUUGUCCUGCCGGGAACACUGCGGCGAAUAAACAUCCUGUUAAAGUCCUGAAUGAAGGGCCAUGCUCCAGGAUCCUGCAAACGACCACGAUGCCACCUUCAGAAACAACACAUAUGAGAACUACAACUCCCAUCCUUCCACCUCCACAAACCACAGAAGAUAGAAGUAUUUUUGGCUUCUGUCCUGGGCUGGUGGCCUCUCCUGUCCUCGCCCUCCUGCUGGCCCUGAUGCUGCUGCUGCUGCCUUGAUGCGUGUUUCUCUCAUCUCACCUCAUUUCAUGGACACCUGAUUACAAAUCUGCAGAAAUGUCUGCAAACUGCUUUCUCACCAGGCUGCCGCAACUCUUGACUCAGUCGCUUUGGAAUCAUAAUGAAUCAGUACUUUAUCGGCGUUGCACCGAUCCUGUAAGGAUGUCUCAGGAAAUGCAUGAAAUUGGGUCUAAAUUUAUCUGGAGUUUUCGUGCAGGUCACACAACAAGAUUCACAUUCGACGGGUAAAAUUAGUCGAGAGAGACGAUAGAGAAGUCCCUCCACAAAAAGCUAUUAAUGUGUCGUCAAACAAAGUGGAAUCAAUCAGAGAGAAAGCUGCAGGACGAGGACGCCAUCCUGAUAAGCUGAAUUUCCAUUGUUCUUUUUUUUUUUGCACUUUCCCAUCCACAGAAACUCAAUAGAGACGAGUUUGAAGCACUAAGAUUAUUUAACUAUUUUACAAAAAGCUGAGCGAGUUUUUUUUUUUUGACUCAAGUAAAUUGCAAACCUCUGCAGACUAAUUUUGAGUCGUUGCCUUGUAAUCACAAUUUACAGACUGUUAUCUUUUGGUGGUGGGGCUAUCACUUGUUUGCAAAGCAGAAUUCGUUUCUAUUUUUUAAGCAACCAAUAAAAGCAAUUUGCACUUUUGCACUGCA